AUAGAGAGGUAUUUGGGAUUGCGCCUGAUUUCUUACAGUGUGUUGUUUUUCCGGCUGAAGAUGUGUCACUUGAACACAGUUGAAGCAGAGAUAACAGUUUGGAGCACAUCUGCAAGCUUUAUGUCUUAAUUAUUUUUACUAAAUUAACUAGAAAACAGUUUAGAGACAGACUUUUCCCCUCUAUUACAUUCGGGUCACACUUUAUCCGCUGUCUGACAAGUCGUAGCUCUUCAUUUAUGAUCAGCUUAGCUGCUCAUUAGCCGUUAGCUCUCAGCGCUCUUUAAUUCAGGAUGUCCUGCAGUUUGCUGGAUUUUUGCCGCGUUCAAGAGCUCAAACAAGUCCGGGAUUUUCUCUUAAACAGUCAGAAAAAUCCCUCCACAGAUGACAACAAAGAGCAAACAGAGACAGAUUUAGAGUGGGAUGACUCAGAUUGGGGCUCCUGGGAGGCAGCGGACACCAAAGAAGAUGGAACCACGCCUGAUGAUGAUGUACAGCAGAACAGCGCCCCCUGGCUGCAGGACUGCAUGCUCGCUCUGUCACCGUGCUCAGACCUGCUGGUCAUCGCUCGAGACCACAAAGCUGCAUUUCUCUCUGCCAAAUGGCAGACAGACGCCACCGGAAAGGAGGAGAUGACUCUGGCUGUGACCUGGAGCGGCACGCUGAGCGCUGAGGACGGAGAGUGUGUGAGUAGUGUCAUCUGCAUCCCACUGGCCAGCCAGAAGAGGAGUUCUACAGGUCGUCCUGACUGGACCUGCAUCGUGGUCGGGUUCAGUUCCGGAUACGUUCGCUUCUACACAGAGAAUGGGGUUCUCCUCUUGGCUCAGCUGCUGAACGAAGACCCGGUUCUCAGACUGAAGUGUCGCACGUAUGAGAUCCCACGUCAUCCUGGAGUCACAGAACAGCAUGAGGAGUUGAGUAUUUUGUACCCAGCAGCCCUGGUUACCAUUGAUGGCUUCAGCCUCUUUCAGUCUCUACGUGCCUGCAGGAAUCAGGUCGCUAGAGCUGCUGCAGCAGGAAGUGAUGUCAUACAGCCUCCUCCUCUCACCUAUAAGAAGUGGGGACUGCAGGACAUGGACACCAUCGUGGACCACAGCAGUGUGGGCAUCAUGACUCUGAAUGUGUUUGAUCAGAUGAAGAACGCAUCGAUUCUCGGGGGUUUCCAUGCCUCAGUAAAGGGUAGUCCUCCCGCCAUGAGUCAGUAUAUAACGGUGGGAGGCGGUCCCUUCACCGGAUUCUUCUACGCCGUGGAGGGCAGUUCUCAGCCUCUCCUCUCCCACGUCGCUCUUGCUGUGGCCAGCAAACUCACUUCUGCCCUGUUCAGUGCUGCCAGUGGAUGGUUAGGGUGGAACAAGAACAAGACCGAAGAGGAGCCUGCUCAGAAACAGAAGCCUAAGGUGGAGCCAGCCACGCCCCUUCCUGUUAGGUUCGGUCUCCCUGAUUCCCGUCGUCAUGGCGAAUCCAUCUGUCUGUCGCCGUGCAACACCAUGGCAGGAGUGACGGACGACUUUGGCAGAGUGACGCUGCUGGAUGUGGCGCGUGGCAUCGCCAUCCGCAUGUGGAAGGGUUACCGUGACGCCCAGCUGGGCUGGGUACAGGUGUAUGAGGCUCGUGGAGACAGAGACAUGACCACUUCACCCUCCAUGCCCCGCCGCUGUGCUCAGUUCCUGGUGAUCUACGCCCCCCGCAGGGGCAUCCUGGAGGUGUGGGGCACUCAACACGGCCCCCGGGUCGGGGCUUUUACUGUAGGCAAACACUGCAGGUUGUUGUAUCCAGGUUACAGGUUAAUGGGAGUGAACAGUGUGACCAGUCAGGGUUGGCACUUACACACACAGCAGGUGUGUCUGUUUGACCCAGUCAACGGAGUGCUGCGUACCAUCACUGUACCGUUCCACCUGGCCCUCAGCGAUAAGAAGAGUGAGCGAGCCAAAGACAUGCAUCUGCUGAAAAGACUGAACGCUCUGCUCAGGAGCGCUGAUCCAGACCCAGAUCUUCUGGAGAGCGAGGCUCAGAGUGUCCUGCUGGAGAUCAAACACCCUGCGGUCAAAAAACAGGCGCUGGAGUCUCUGCUGUCCAGUAAGAACGCUCCAGUCUCAAGUCUGAUCAAGAUUACUCGAGCUUUACUGGAGAGCUUAAAAGAACAAGACCCUGAGGCAGUGGAUGAAUCAUUGCUGCAGUUGUGUUCCUCUCAGCUCAAACUGCUGCAGCUCUACACCGACGUUCAGCUCCUACACUCACCUGAUACCUCGCCCACUGAGCCUGAAUCUCUCUCAGUGCCUGGUAUUGAAGAUGACCUCACUCGAAUCGGACCAAUCCUGCGGCGUUAUGCCGAGCUAAACUCGCGCCCCUCCGUGUCAUUCGCUCAGGACGAGGCGGGACCGCUGCCAGUCAAAACCUUUCUGUCGCAGUUAGUGUGUGAGGGCGGCGAGCUGCGACUCCUCAGAGGCCCUGACACAGACUGGACGCAGCUAGGUAGCUUCCUGUUUUGGGGAUGUCUUUCUGGACAGAGUCCACUAGAGCGAGUGUGUGAGACGCUACAGCAGAGUGGCAUCAGCCCUCAGCAACUACUGUCUCUGCUGCUGACGGUGUGGCUGAACAGAGAGAAGGAGAUCUUGAAGAGAGCAGACGCUAUUAGGAACCUGCACACACUCCUCAACACACUCAGUUCUAUGAAAGGAGCGGUGGAUGAGUCAUGGGACGUGCAGUGUGUGUCCCCCUGGUGGCAGCAGGUCCGUAACGCUUGCGUUCAGUCGGAGAGCGCCGGCGCCGCCCUGCUGGCUGCGCUCAUCGCUCAUCGUGCUGCCAAGAGCUCCAUCACAAGCCUGGCAGAGAACAAGUUGCAGUCAGACUGGGAGUGUGUGUCUCUGGAGCUGGAGCAGUGGGUGGUGUGUGUGCGGCAGCUGGAGGACGUGUUGGCGUUGCAGACGUUGCUGAGCCUGCCGUCUCCUCAGGGAUCACCGGGGGGCGCCGUCCAGCGCUGCUCAGUCAAAGCACUGCUGGAGAGCGGAAGAGGUGGCGUAGCGGACAGCGUGGCGAAGCUGAUCUUCAGACAGGACGUCCCUCCUGGAGCACUGAAAGACAUUGUGCAGCGUCGGAUGAGUGAACAGUGCGAGGAACAGCGUGAGGAACAGCGUGAGGAACAGCGUGAGGAACAGCGUGAGGAACAGCGUGAGGAACAGCGUGAGGAACAGCGUGAGGAACAGCGUGAGGAACGUUCACAGCAGGAGACAGAGGAGAAGGAUGGCUUACACACACUGGAGGAGCUGCUGGUGUGUGUGUGUCAGCGUUUCCCCAACUCUCUCUCUCCUGAUGUGUUGUGGGCUCACUGUUGUUGGGAGUACGUGGUCCAGUGGAACAAAGACCCUGAGGUGGGCCGCUAUCUGGAGUGCUCGGUUGAGUAUCUGAAGAUGAUCUCCAGUCCUCACAUUCAGUUAGGAAUCUCCACCAUGAUGUGGAACACGUUUAUUGUGAAACGUUUCUCUGCAGCGGCCUUCUUAAUGGAAAAAGUGGGAAAAGCUCCAAAGGACAGACUGUGCAGACGCGAUGUAGGAAUGGGCGACGUAGCCAUGACCAGUUUCCUGGGCUCCUGUGUACAGCUGCUGCAGGCUCUGAUGGAGGUCUCGUCUUCCUCCUUUCUUCUUUCUUUUCCUCUUUUCUCCAAAGCGGACUCAGGGAUAGAGGAGGCGUGUGUGCCGGAGGUGUGUGUGGAGGAGGUGUGGGGCGGCGCUGAGGGUCCGGCCUCCAUAGCGGAGUUAGCGCUGCAGCAGAGGGCGGUGCAUUACCCGCUGGUGCAGCAUCACUGCCUGUUAGCGUCACUGCUGCACGCCGCCAUGAGCUUCUCACUGCGCCUCAAACCCCUCAGCCUCUUCGACACCAAGGGAAAGAAUGCGUUUUUCCGGGAGCUGACCUCGAUCCAGCUGCUGCCCAGCGGAGACAUGGACCCCAGUCUGGUGGCUCUGAGACAGGAAUUUCUGCUGAGUGUGUUGACAGCCUGGGUGAAGGCUCUGGGUAUGGAGGAGGAGGAACAGAAGGAGGAAGGUGGUGUCUCUGUUAAAGCAGGAGUCAGGGAGCUGGCAUGGAUGGAGACGUGUAUGGAGCUGGCCUCACUGCUGCAGCUGAACGCUGAUGUUCUGCGCAGACACCUCAUCUGUGAGCUGUAUAACCAGGGCCUGGACCUACGUGCUGAGGAGGUGAUGUUGGAGGUGGAGGAUAAGGAUGUGUUGGGUUCUCAGCUCUUGGUUCUGAUUGGUCAGCGCAUGGCCUACUCUCUGUUUCACUCUCAAACUCAGACCAAAGCCAGCAUGGAGCUCCUCGCACGUCUUCCCCCCACCCUCUGUACCUGGCUCAAAGCUAUGGACCCAAGUGAUCUCCGGCGUCCCUCUGUGCCUCUGCAGCAGAUCAGCCGCCUGGUGAGCCGCGUGAUCGAGAUGCUGCCAGAGAAACACGCGCAGUACAACAUGGCACUGCAUCUGCUGGAGGCGGUGGACAUGCUGCAGGAGGACGAGUGAGAAAGAGAGAGAGAGAGAGAAACUAUCACAGAAAGAGAUGGGGAGAGUGGGGGUACUCGGCGAAUAUUUCCAUGUAAUUUCCAUUCAGUCACUUUAUAAGUGCAGGUGUGUAAUUUUAACACAGAUUCCACUUUUCCCCAGACGUAGCCAAUCAGUCAGGACGUGUUCAGAGAGUUCUUUAGUUUCGUACUGGAGCUAAUUACGCUAAUGUUGCUAACAAGUAAUGGAUUUCAUCCAAAAAUCAUUUUCACUUUCGUAUAUCCUCUCCCAGAGCUCUAUAAAAAAAACACUCUGUGUUGUGCUCUUAUAGGAAAAUAAUCAGCAGUGGAAUGGAAUGAUGAUGAUAAUGCAGAUGCAGAGUCUUGUACCACACCAAUUUGCCUGCACUUUCAAUUUUUGUAGUUAAAGAACAACAUUUUGUACUUCUGUGUGUUUAGUUAAAUGUAGUGGAAAAUCCACAAAACAAAUAUCUCUAAACCUAAAGCUACAGCUUUACCUCUGAUUGUUACAAGCCCUUGUGAAUGAGCUGUUACUAUAGAAACGACAAUGAGCGCAUUAAUAUAAACCUGCGAAAAUGAAUCGACACCUUCUGACCAAUCAGAAUGAAGAAUUCAACAGCGCUGUGGUAUAAAUUACCAUUAAUCUACAUCAGCUAUGUAAUUUCACUGUCAAACUCUUAAUGCUUUGCAACAUGGCCGCCUCUAUAACGUUCCAGUGUGAUGUUUACUCCACGUUUACGAUUUAUUUUUACAGAAAAUAACUUGCGCUAAACAGACUUUGCGUACUUUGAGCAGUAGCUGCAUUAGCGUCGUAGCUUCUGUGCAAAACCUGAGACACUAAGCACGUCUUGACUGAUGGACUGGAACUGGUCUGAGGAAGGAAAUGCGUAAAUGACUAUAAAGAGACAGGCUUAUAUUCGGUUCCAUUUCAUAUUUUAAUGGAAUAAAAGGGGGUUAAAGAGAAAGCAAGUGUGUGAGAGUGAGAAUGUGAGAGAGUGAGAGUGUGUGUGUGUUAGAUGAUCAGUGUUUGCAGUUCUAUGCAUUUUAAUCGUGAACAGUGUGUUUGUUUAAAAGCCCAGCCUUAGUGCUCAAUGCUGCUAAUACAAUAUGCAGUACUUCAUUAUAUACGCUCUGUGUUACUGUUAGUGGACAGAGUAAAGGGUCAGGGGGCAUAAACAUUAGUCACAACUCAUUUCCUGAAAGAAGAGAGCGUUUAAUUUCAUUAUCAGUAGUAAUAUGUGGAGUUUUGUUUUGUCCUUUUACUCAGUCAGUGAUCUCUCGGGUGCCAUUUUAACGGUACGGUAACAUCACCGUCCUUCUCUCUUUAUUAUUCUUUCUUUCUUUCCUUCUUCCUGUUGCCAGAAUGGAGUUUGUAUUGUAAAUGUAAUUUAUGUGUCUAUUAUGAAUCCGGUAGUUACGCCUGAGACAGAGGUAUAUUAUGCAGAAUAGCCGCUCUACGCUCACACACUUCACUCCGCACGGUGCUGCUGUUUCUUAUUGUACAGAGCCAAAUACACUAAAAGUGCUAUAUAAAAGAUUAAACACGUAACCACAGUUUUGGGUUUUGCUUCGAGUCUUGCUGUUCUUAAUGAGUGUUAAUUAUGUUUGCUAUGAGUAGCAAAAAAAAAAUAAAUUACAACUUGUUAAUAGACUUUA